AUGCCGCGCCUAGGCUACGGCCUGAGGCUGCUAGAAGCUGGAUCUGGUGGUUCUCGGGCUGUCACCCGGCUCCCUUUGGGCGCCGACAUGCCUAAGAAAGCUGGUGCGACGAACAAGGGUAAAAGCCAGAGCAAGGAACCAGAGAGACCACUUCCUCCCUUAGGUCCUGUGACAGUUGAUCCUAAAGGCGGUGUCAGCAUAGCCAUCCAUGCCAAACCUGGUUCCAAACAAAAUGCUGUGACAGACGUGACGACCGAGGCUGUGAGUGUAGCCAUCGCAGCGCCUCCGACGGAGGGAGAGGCUAACGCAGAGCUGUGUCGCUAUCUUUCCAAAGUCUUAGAACUCAGGAAGAGUGAUGUGGUUUUGGAUAAGGGUAGUAAAUCUCGUGAAAAAGUGGUGAAGCUUUUGGCCUCCACACCUCCGGAAGAGAUCUUGGAGAAAUUGAAAAAGCAAGUUGAAAAGAAAUAA